AUGAACUUGCUUUUGGUAUCAAUAGACUAGUCAAAAGUGAACACCUAACACCACAGGUAUCGAUAGCUAAUGGCGUGGUGGCAGCAACAACUCCAAUUUCAGUUAAUUCCAAAUUGGAAGAGGAUAAUAAUAAUUCUAUAUGUAUGCCAAGUAAAAAUCCAAUACUACAUUGGAAGCUACAAGCUGCUGAGGAGUGUCGCUAUGAGCGCGCCUCACGUUCGCGAUCACGUAGUCAUUCACGUACGCCUUCACAGAUCGAUUUAGAUGAUGAUAGCAACCAAUGUCGGCGGUCACUACAAUCUCGGUCGCGUUCCAGUUCAGUCGAACUUGAAGUAGACUCUCCACCACCACCAUCGCAUACGCGUUCAAGCCCGAUUAGUUCACCACCUUCCGCAUCUGAAAUGUUAAUUAGUACGAGUCCCAAAAAGUCUGAAAUGUUUUCGGUAUCUGCGUUACUGCGCCGUGAUGAACCGCAACGACUAGCAGAAAAAUCACCCACAAGCUUACCACCUGCAAAUCCAUUCGAAGCCUUCCGGAAUGCAUACCCAACUAAUUAUGAGCCGCCAAUGUUUCAACGACCAUUAUUGUCGCCUGCAUUUCCAUUUUUUGCAGCAUUUGCGUUCCAUCAGGGGCAACAAUCUGGACUGGCUUCAAACUAUCAUCCCGCCUCGCAAGAAGACCUUUUUCGUUUGAGAAAUUUAAUGGUGCCACUGCAGGCUGGUCAGAAUGGCGCUGGUGGAGCGGCUGGUGUGCCACCGAAUUCCCAUUUAGGACUACCACAUCCACCACACCUGCAUUUUCAUCAUAUGGCCAAAUGGUCGGGACUACCGCAAUUCAGUGACCUUUAUUCGUGCAUGAAGUGCGAGAAAAUGUUCUCAACACCGCACGGACUCGAGGUACAUUCACGACGUACGCAUCAUGGCAAGAAACCUUACGCCUGCGAAUUAUGCAACAAAACUUUCGGACAUGAAGUCAGCUUGAGCCAACACAGAGCUGUUCAUAACGUGGAAAAGGUUUUUGAAUGCAAACAGUGUGGAAAACGCUUCAAACGGUCAAGCACCUUAUCCACACAUCUGCUAAUACAUAGCGAUACGAGGCCGUAUCCAUGUAACUAUUGUGGCAAGCGUUUCCAUCAAAAGAGCGAUAUGAAAAAGCAUACCUACAUUCAUACAGGUGAAAAACCACAUAAGUGCCAAGUCUGCGGCAAAGCCUUCAGUCAAAGUUCGAACCUCAUAACACAUUCGCGCAAGCAUACUGGCUAUAAGCCAUUCUCUUGCAAACUAUGUCAUAAAUCCUUUCAGCGUAAAGUGGAUUUGCGGCGUCAUAAAGAAACCCAGCAUACUGAUCUGCGACCACUUAUCGAAAGAAACCUUGGUAAAGUCGACUUUAUGACAGCCACUUCACCAAAUGCGGGUGAGCAAAAUAAUGUUGUAACAGCGGCACAAGCCGCUGCGGCGGCUGCAGCGGCAGCGGCAGCAGCUGCUGUUGCUGUAUCAACUUCCAAUGGAACAAAUUUGAAUACACAACUGACAUCGAUGAAUUGUCAGAAGGUCUCCUUAUUGGUAUAACAACAACAACAACAACAAAUACAACACCAGCAGCAACAUCAACAUCUACAGCAACAACAAUAUCAGUUGCACCAGCAUCAUGGUG